AAACACGUUGCCACGAGCGGCGUCAAUCCAGGCGGCGUUCCCCGAGCAGAGCAGAGCAGAGCAGAGCAGAACAGAGCGCCCGAAGGUGGAAUCGAAAGCCAGAAUUCCAGAACAGGAACAGCACAGGCAGCACCGAAAACAACAGCAACAACAGCAACAACAACAACAACAAAACCAUCAGGAGGAUACUCCCAGCAGCAGUAGAAGCAGUGUAUAUCAAGUGCGUGCGUGUGUGUGUGUGACGUAGUAGCGGUGUACCAGCUUUUUCAAGUUUUUGCAGUGGCAGGUGUACAGAGAGAUCAGAGAGUCACCUCGACGACGACCAGCAACCUGCAACGCCACAUCAAAGCAGGAGCCGGAAGCUGUGUCUAGAUGUCUGGGGCCCGGGCCCGACUACCCGACAAACUACCGAGCAGCGGAAGGGCACCGCACCACCGGCUCCGCCAGUAAUCGGAAGUGCGGCCGCCGCGCAACCGUGUGCGUGCGUGCGCGUGUGUGCGUGCGCAGUUGCGCGCACGCCAGCGCGUUUGUUUCGGCCGGAUCAAUCGACCGGUGUGUGUGUGAGUGUGUAUGUGUGUGCGCGUGUGUGUGUUUAUGUGUCCGUAACCGGAAGGAGGACAACACAACACAACCCAAAACACCGGAGAGAGAGAGAGAAGCAGCAGAACUAUUGCAGAGCGCGUCGGAGUUAAAUUGUGCGCGUGAAUAGCGAGCAUAGCGAGAAGAAGAAGAUAGACAGAACAGCAUGCCGAAGAUCUUUCUCAUCAAGAACCGGCUGCACCAGCAGCAGCUGCGGUUGCUCGAGGCACAGAAGAACAGCCACUACGAUGGUGCGGACGGGCGCGGCAACGGCGUCGUCGGUGAUGGUGCGGGCGGUGGACCGGCCGGCGGUGCCGCCAGCGGUGUCGUCGGUGUCGGCGGCGCCGGCGACGGUGGCGUCGGCGUCGGCGUCGGCGUCAGUGGCGCCGGUGCUGGAGGCACCCUCAACGAGCCGCUCUCGCUGGUAUCGCGCAAACGCGAACACAAGGAUACAACAGCCGAUCGCGACAUAUUCGGCGAGGAGAACCGGCUGAGUCCACCCUGCCGGAAGCGGGCCUCGUCGCCAGCGGUUUCCAUUUUCACUCGCGGUGUUGGCGGAGGUGACGAGCGCGGGGGCGAUAGUUGCUCGGUGAUUGCGGCGAGCUUCGGUGGUCACCAUCACCAACAGCAGCAGCACCAGCACCACCAACAGCAUCAUCCUUUGCAUCAUCAUCCUACUCUUCAUCAACAUCACCACCACCACCACAGUCAACAGCAGCAUGGAGCGAUGGCGAUGGUCUACCAUCAACAGCAGCAGCACCAGCAGCACCAUCAACACCCUCACCAACAUCCACAUCUGCUCCACAGUGGACGCUUCGUCCGCAGCAGCAGCAAUGCGCCCGCCAAAGAGUCCUGUGCCUCGUCGCCGUACGCCAGCGCCGGCGAGGCGGUCCCUCCCCCGACGAUCGCGGAGCUGGAAGAGCGGGAUGACACUGGCAGCACUGUCGGGGGCGUCAGCGUCAGCGGCGUCAGCGGCGGUGUGACGAGAAUGAAGUACGAGAAGCGGCGUAUCGCCUGCUACGGACCAUCGCCGUACCUUGGCGUGCGCGAUCGCGUACCGACCAAUGCGGAGCGCAAGGCGUACCCACCGACACCCCCGCCACCGACACCCCCGCCACUGGCACCACCGUCAGCGCCACAACCGAUGCUAACGGUGCUGGCGAAGGGGCGCGUCGGUACAUCGGCGACGGAUCGGGGUGCUGCGGCGAAGCCCGGAGUGCUGGAGACCGAUGAGGAAGAUGAGGAACAGCAGCAGCAGCAGCAGCAGCACGGAGCCGAGAAAGAGAAACGCGACGUGAAUGUGGUAGUGGUGAUGGAGGAGAAGAAACAGAAAACCGACGAUGAUGAGGAGCAGGAGAAGGAGGUGGAACGGCAGCUAGCAGAAGAGAAGAAGCGACCAGAUGAGGGGAAGAAGGAGCACCAGGAUGAGAAGGAGAAGGAGGACGAAGCGAAGGAGCAGGAAGCGCUGCAGAAGACGGCAAAGGAAGCGGAAAAGAAGAAAGUGAUCGAUGAGGAAGAUGACGAGGAGGAAGGGGAGGAGGAGGAGGUGUCGGCACCACAGUCCCCGCAUCCAUCCGCCUCUGUGCUGUUGCGGCUGUCGCGGAAGGAAAAGGAAGAGAAACGUGACGGGAUGGUUGAGGAAGAGGAGCAGACGAACAAGAAACAGACGAAGAAGAAGCAGAAGAAGAAGCAAGAGCCGGAACAGGAACAGGAAGAGGAAGAGGAAGGAGGUAAGGUCAAGAUCCGGGAGGAACCGAGGGUACCGGGAGCCGGUGGCGACUCCGACGACCUUCCUCCGGACCAUCCACUGCGGCUUCUGCCGUACCGUCUGCGGCUACCCUCGCCCAAGGGUCCCACUACCAACCCGGUCAAGAAUCCGGACUCCUCCACCACCUCCACCUCCUCACCAACACCAGCACCA